AUGCCCGCCCCCGCUGCACCCCACCGCCUGGCCGCCGCCGCCGGCAAGGCCAAGCUCACCCACCCCAGCAAGGCCAUCCUGGCAGGUGGCCUAGCCGGAGGCAUCGAGAUCUGCAUCACAUUCCCCACUGAGUAUGUGAAGAUGCAGCUGCAGCUGGACAAGGCGGCAAACCCUCCCUGCUACAAGGGCAUCAGGGAUCGUGUGAAGCAGACUGUCCGUGACCAUGGCAUCCAGGGGCUGUAGCGGGGGCUCAGUUCGCUGGUGUAUGGCUCUAUCCCCAAGGCUGCCAUCAGGUUUGGGAUGUUUGAGUUCCUCAGCAACCAGAUGAGAGAUGAGCAGGGGCAGCUGGACAGCACGCGGGGCUUCGUCUGAAGACUGGGCGCCGGCGUGGCCGAAGCUGUGGUGGUGGUCUGCCCCGUGGAGACCAUAAAGGUGAAGUUCAUCCAUGACCAGUGCUCCCCCAAGCCCAAAUACCGUGGCUUCUUCUAUGGCGUCCAGGAGAUCAUUCGGGAAGAGGGACUGAAGGGGACCUACCAGGGCUUAACCACGACCGUCCUCAAGCAAGGAUCAAACCAGGCCAUCCGCUUCUUUGUCAUGACCUCCCUCAAAAAUUAA